UAAGGUAAAAUUACUAAAUUGUUAUUGUUAUUUAGGUGUUAAAAUCUGAAUAGCCAGAAAAUAAAAUUUUAAAUCCUGAAUGGUUUACCGAAUAUAAAUAAAAGAAAAAAAUAAGAAUAAGAAUAAGUUUUAACGUUGCAGUUGCAGACAAAAUCCUUGGCUAGUAGGUAGUUAGUUAACUUAUAGAGUUAAAAGAGCCAAGGCAAUCCACAACAUUCUCUGAAAACAUGUCUCUAGAAACAACCUCAACUCUGAGUCUCAAAUCCGGUUUUCCAUUCAACCGCCGGCUCAUCACUUCCACAAACGCUUUUCCUCCGUUUAACCACCACCACCACCACCACCGUGGCAGCUCACAUCGGUUAAUAUCAUCGUUUCCAUUUCGCGCCAAAAAUGUUAACCGCCAACUAACUAAAAUUCCCGCUGUUCUGGAGAGGGAGAGUGCGGUGACGCAUGAACAAUCUGAUCCGCCAGUGAGAAUAGUGGCACUCGUCGGCGAAGGAAGCGUUAGCCCUCUAAAAUGCGCCACAUGGGAGGAGGUUAUGCUACAUACUGCAAAGAGGUUGAAAUGGGUUGAUGAAGGGUAUGAAAUGCAUGUGUUCACUGAUAAACUAUUUCAAUCUAAUGACGGAAUUGAGCAGCUAGAAAGGGCAUUGACGAGGGCAGAUAUAUUGCUAAUAGUUUCGAUUUCAAAUCAAGAUUCAGUCAAGUGGAUCCAGACAAAUAGUAAAGUUGUACCAAACAUAAUCUGCUUUGACUCCUCUCUAAGUUUGGCAAAUAAGCUAGGUGGAUCUUAUGUUGAGAAUGAAACUAAUGGAACCUUAUUUGGGAAAUUAAUCGGAAUUUCUCAGUCUAAGAAAACCAAUGAUGCGACGGAGGUAGAGAAAACUGUAUCUGAAGCAUGGAAUCGGCAUAAUUCAGAUGACAUAAGGUUCUGUUUGCUAGUUAUAAUCAAUGCUUAUAUUAGACCAGUACCAAUCCUGAAGAACCUAAGAUCAAAGGGUUUUUCCACCCUCAACUGCAUGGUUAAGAACUGUGGACGUCAGAUACUAAACUGCCUAUUGGAUCCUAACUGCAGGAAAGCUUUACAAUGUUUAAAUAACUGCAGCCCUGUUGAUCAAGUGUGUAAUUAUCGGUGUAUUGCUUCUUAUGAAAGUCCGAACCUAGAGGCAUUUUCUCUAUGUGUACUGCAGAAAAACAAUUGUCUUGAGUUAGAUGCAAAGAUUCCUGAAAGGCCUUUUGUGCAUCCCAUGGAUAAGUUCUUGGGGAAGGACCUCAGUCAUGAGGUUGCAGAGGAUCUUUUUGUGGGUUGGUUGGGGACUAUGGAUUGGAGUUGGCGUGUUGUGGCAGGACAGAACCCAGCUUACGAUCAAUUUCCAUGCCAGUACCAAUUGUUCUAUAGGGGAAAGGCAAAAGGAUCGUUCUGGUAUGAGCCAGUUUUCCAGGUUCAGACACUGGAGGGAAAAUUGGUCUGGAGAAGAAGGAAAUAUCGUGUCAAGAGAGGCAAAGUUCCAGGAACAUUUUUCUUCAGUGUAUUAGAUAAUGGUGUUGUUUCAAAUGAGUUUUGGACAAUUGUAGAUGUAGCUGAUAAUUUUAGCUGGGGUUUAUUUCAUUAUAGUGGGGCUGCUAGAGUUGCGGGACAGUCAUAUACAGGUGCUGUGCUUGUUAGUCCAGAUGGUGCAUACCCAAAUGAGAAGGAGAGGAAGAGAAUGGCUUCUGCCCUGGACAAGUGUGGAAUUGAAGAAUGGGAGCUAUAUACAGUUGAUAAUUGUUCGUGCCAAGGGGCUCCUCUAGGAAUUCCAGAGGGCUCAAGUUUGCAUUCUACAAUUGCUUUUAAAGAUGAAAAAUGGAAAUGAGCCAGUUUGUAAAUACACCUAAAUGCUUCAAAUUCUGCCAUGGUAUCCAUAACAAUUAGACUGGUAGAUGAAGAAGGCAGUGCAGCAUGAAUAGAUAUAUCAGGGUGUUUUACUUCAAAUUGGUGAUUAUGCUUGUUGGUCAAAACUGUGACUAGUCAUUCAGAAAUUGCGCAACAGAUAUGUUUUAUUAGCUGUACAUAACAGAAGCAUUGAAAUGAAAUUUAAUAAUAUAGAAACUUUUGGCUGA